AGUCUUGCACAGGUGUACCGGCUCCUCCCCCUUCAGUCUUGCACAGGUGUACCGGCUCCUCCCACUUCAGUCUUGCACAGGUGUACUGGCUCCUCCCCCUUCAGUCUUGCACAGGUGUACGGCUCCUCCCCCUUCGGUCUUGCACAGGUGUACCGGCUCCUCCCCCUUCAGUCUUGCACAGGUGUACUGCCUCCUCCCCUUCAGUCUUGCACAGGUGUACCGGCUCCUCCCCCUUCAGUCUUGCACAGGUGUACCGGCUCCUCCCCUUCAGUCUUGCACAGGUGCACCGGCUCCUCCCCUUCAGUCUUGCACAGGUGUACUGGCUCCUCCCCUUCAGUCUUGCACAGGUGUACCUGCUCCUCCCCUUCAGUCUUGCACAGGUGUACUGGCUCCUCCCCUUCAGUCUUGCAGAGGUGUACCGGCUCCUCCCCUUCAGUCUUGCACAGGUGUACGGCUCCUCCCCUUCAGUCUUGUACAGGUGUACCGGCUCCUCCCCUUCAGUCUUGCACAGGUGUACGGCUCCUCCCCUUCAGUCUUGUACAGGUGUACGGCUCCUCCCCUUCAGUC